CUAAGGUGCAUAGUACAAAAAUGUGUACAACACUGUUAUCGGUUUUUUUCAUCAGAUCUGGCUCGAACGUAAACUGCUUUAACGUAUUACUCUUGACCGAAAAAUUCAUGUAAAAAACCAUAUCCUCACGUUUAGGUCAAGGGAUAUAGACAAAAUAUAACUGCUUAGAAAGCGCAUAGGGCUACAGUCAGUGUUUGACGCAAAGAAUCGAAGUAAUUCUCAAAAAUGGCUCUGAAUAACGCGGAAGUAAUUGAUAUCGCGAACGAUGCAAUGGUGGUAGAUAUCGAGGACGACGUGGAUAAUGCGAAUAAUGUGGUAGACAUUGUGGCUAUUGUUCAAAAUAACGAGGAAGAUGUCAUCGUGGACGAUGCUGACGACAUUAUAGAUGUUAACUUUGAGGAUGUGAUGGACGAUGAGGAUGAAGAAGGCGUAAUAUCCGAGGACAGCAAUUAUGCUAGUGAUUACAAUGAAGAAUUUAACGAUACUCUCGAGAAACACCUAACACAUGCAGAAGUAAAUGCGACAAUCGGGCGUACAAAACAUUGUGCAAUAUAUUUUUAUUAUACAAUAGAAGGCACUUAUUCAGCAUGUGCCGAGUGUAUAAUGCGAAUAGCAGACACAGAUUUCCAAAUAAUGCACGCCUUUCGCAAGCAUGUAACUGACGCGUUCGGUAGGCUAGAUGGCAAGUAUUGUUCGAAUUGCAGACAGCCUAUGUUCGUGCUAAUUCCAUGCAAUAUGUGCCCAGUGUGCACACAGUAAAGACUAUGAUUGCUAAAAAGACGUUGUAAAAAAAAACUUUGGGACAACUUGAUCAACCAUAAAUUUAUCUGGAAGAUAUUCGCAUACGCGAAUAUAUAAAUAUAUUAAGGAAAAAUUUUGGAAGCGAUAUCGAAAGAUUAAUAAAGCAAAUAACGAUGCUUUAGGAUAAUGCAUAUGGAGAAUAUGGAUUGGCAGAUGUAUGGGAUCAAUUAUUUGGAAUGUCACCGUUAAUGGAUGAAAAUCAAGAAGUUUUUGGAUUAAAAAAAAUAUAUACUUGAAUUUAAUUAUUAAAUAUAUGAAAUGCAAGUUUCACUUUCCCAUCCAAGAAUAUUCUCGUUCGCUCUCACCCUCAUUCCUCGCAUGCUCUCGCUCUCACUCAUCGCUUUUAUCCAUCGCACGCUCUCGCUCACUCGCACUCAUCGCUCCCACACAUCGCGUACGUAUUCUCAUGCGCUCUCGCUCCCACCCGUACGCCACCAUCUUUACACGCUCUCACUCACUCACUCGCUCAUUGUGUGCGCUCUCGCUUGCGAUAUUUUUUUAUUAAGAAAAAAAAGAUAUAUGAAAUAAAGAAAAAAUAAGCAAUAUAAGUUUUACAAAUAUUUAUUUUUUGAUAUUUAUACAUAUAAAGGGGGGUAAUAAUUUUUCUUACAUAUUAAACGCUAAAGCUAGGAACUCGCAAUCGACGAGCCGACGUUUAUCAAAAGUGUCACUGGUGCGUAUCGCGUUAGGUAUUUGGUCAGGAUUCGUUAUGAUGGACGCGAUAUUGGAGAAUCGCGCAAACUGUACGUCGACAUUAUCGACGAUUUUAAGUAGUCGAUCAAACGUUAAUUCGAUACAAUCAUCAAGCUCGAACAUGCGGCGUACCGUCAACUCGGUCAUUAUCAUGUAUACGAUUCGUGAUUUCAAACGUAUGAAGUUAACGUUACUGAUCACGCAAAUUCUGGCCGUUAGUGGUUCACCGCUUACAAAAUUGUACAAGUCCUUGGUCCGAAGGAGAUUUAUAACGCUACAUCGUUGUUCAUAAAGUCUCUUCCACGUUUCGAAAGACAUUAUCAGUUCGUUCCCCCGAUGAUCUCCUAUGGAUAUCUCCACGUAACUAGAUGGACCAACAUUGAUGCCAAUCUCAAGAUAUUUGUACCAUGUACUUGUUAGCGGGUAUCGUCUGCUUAGUAUGCGAACCGCGCGACGCUCCGACAAAGUACUGUAGAAAAAGCAAUAAUAUAAAAGUAAUAAUAUUUUACAAGUAAUAAUAUAAA